AUGGUUAGAAGAUCAAGAAAACAGAAGAAACAGGAAAGCAGUUCUAGUUCUUCUUGGAGUCCAGAAUCUUCAGACAGUAGCACUGACUUGCAUUAUAGUCCAAAGUUACCAAAGAAAAAGGCAAAAAAAGACAUUUUGGCUAAACCCAUAAAUGGCUAUCUCAGUGAAGAUGACACAAAUCUUGCAAGUUCUUCAAUGAGGACAAGAAGAAAACGAAAGUGCCAAUCGAAAAAGCAGCGAUAUAUUAUAGAUGAACCAUCUUCAUCUGAAAAUGAUCAAAGUUCUGAUGUUUUAAGUGAGGAGAAGUUUAAAUGGGGAAGAAGAAAAAGAGCAAAGAGAGGUAGAACUAGGAAUUCAAGAAAAGGAAAUGACCAAAGACAGAGGACAACAACAAUACUUUCAUGGCUAAUAGAUUGUAAGGCAAAGGGGCUGUUUCUGGUAGAUCCUCAGCUCGGUACUCAUGCUGGAGGAACAUCUAGUAAACCUUAUGAGAAAAUUUUCAUUGCUGAAACAUGCUCUUCUCUCUUGUCUUGCAUGAUUCAAGCUUGGGAUCUUCCGGAAGAACGUAAUUAUCGUCGAUUUAAUUUGAUCGAAAACGAGGAUGCUAGUGACUCUUGUGAUGAUGCUUGUAUGAUUUGUGCUGAUGGAGGUGUUCUACUGUGUUGUGACAAAUGCAGCACUACAUAUCAUCAUGAUAAGUGCUUGGGAAUGAAGGAGGUUCCUAAAGGGUCGUGGUAUUGCUCAUUUUGUGUCUGCAAAUUCUGUGGUGUUCCUGCUAAUGAAAACGAUUAUUUGCUGAAAUGUUCUCAGUGUGAGAAAAAAUGUAAGAAAUGUUUUCUGGUUCCUGUCUAUGAUACAUUGGAGAGGAGCAUUGUUGGUGUUGAACGUGAGACCAAGGGAAGCUACAAAUGGACAUUACUUAAGAACACAGAUGAUGGCUCUGGGAUUAAUAUAGAAGACGAUUAUCAAAGAACUAAAGAAGUCACGGGUUGGCGUAGCUGGUCAAAUUUUAACAGGGUGAAUUUCAGGGGCUUUUACACUAUUAUUUUAGAAAAGAAUGAGGAAAUCAUUUCUGCAGCAUCCAUAAGGAUCCAUGGACCAAAGCUUGCUGAAAUGCCCUUCAUUGCAACAAACAAGAAAUAUAGGAGAAAAGGAAUGUGCAGAGAGCUAAUGGUUACCAUUGAAUCAGUCCUUCACUAUUUGAAGGUAGAAAAGCUGGUAAUUCCAUCAGUAUCAGAGCGCACAGGCACCUGGAUUACUAAAUAUAUUUUUCAUAUAGUCGAAUCACCACUACCAGAAGAGAUGAAGCUGCACAAUACGUUGAUGUUCCAUGAUGCAACGAGAUUGCAAAAAGAUCUCGUUUCAUCUACUUUGGCUAGGACAUGUCGAGCUAAUUCUCGAGCCAAAGAGACACAGAGUUUCCCGGCGAAAUCUAAAGAACCGAGACCCUUUGACUUGAAUGUUGAACCGUCUCAAGAGGACGAGGACUGCUAG